CGUUUUGAAUACAGACUUGCAAACUCAAUUCCUAGAGCGAGAAACAGUAACGCACGCAUUUACAGAGAAGCGAAAAUCUACAAGCAAUACUUUUGUAUUCUUCUCCUUACAACCUUCUUUUACGAAAUUUCCAACUUCAUAUUCUUUCUUCCUUGGCCCCGAUCUGACCUCCUUCUAUUCAUGACUUGAAGAGAACAAGGAGAUCGAUCGAUUGAUAAUAAUCAUAGCUCAUCCAUGACAACACCAGAUACCAUAAUUGUGGGUUCUCAUGUAUGGAUUGAAGAUCCAGUGCUGGCCUGGAUUGAUGGUCAAGUCAUUCAGAUCAAUGGCCAAGAUGUUCGUGUUAAAACUACGAAGGGGAAAACUGUUGUCACAAAUAUUAACAAGGUAUAUCCAAAGGAUACUGAAGCCCCUCCAGGUGGUGUUGAUGACAUGACAAAACUGUCAUAUUUGCAUGAGCCAGGAGUUCUACAAAACUUGGCUGCCAGAUAUGAAUUGAACGAAAUUUAUACAUAUACAGGCAACAUCUUAAUUGCGAUUAAUCCUUUUCAAAGAUUACCACAUCUUUAUGACACGCAUAUGAUGGGGCAAUACAAAGGAGCAACUUUUGGAGAGCUUAGUCCGCAUGUGUUUGCAGUUGCAGAUGUUGCAUUUAGGGCUAUGAUUAACGAGGGAAAGAGUAAUUCAAUAUUAGUCAGUGGAGAAAGUGGUGCUGGUAAGACAGAGACAACAAAGAUGCUUAUGAGAUAUCUUGCAUACCUGGGUGGCCGAUCCGGUGUUGAAGGACGGACAGUUGAACAACAAGUUCUGGAGUCCAAUCCGGUCCUUGAAGCAUUUGGAAAUGCUAAAACGGUCAGAAACAACAACUCAAGUCGUUUUGGUAAAUUUGUGGAGAUACAGUUUGACAAUGAUAGAAAGAUAUCAGGAGCCGCAGUAAGAACUUACCUGUUGGAGAGGUCACGUGUUUGCCAGAUAUCAGAUCCUGAAAGAAACUAUCAUUGCUUUUAUCUUCUCUGUGCAGCACCACCUGAGGUCAGGGAAAAGUAUAAGUUGGGAAGUCCUCAAUCAUUUCAUUAUCUUAACCAGUCAAAAUGUUACAAACUUGAUGGAGUUGAUGAUACAGAAGAAUAUCUUGCUACCAGAAGGGCCAUGGAUAUAGUUGGUAUUAGCGAAGAGGAACAGGAAGCAAUCUUUAGGGUUGUGGCUGCAAUCCUUCAUUUGGGUAAUGUUGAAUUUGCCAAGGGGAAGGAAAUUGACUCUUCAGUAAUUAAAGAUGAGAAGUCCAAAUUCCAUCUUAGUGUGAUUACCGAAUUGCUAAAAUGUGAUUACAAGCACUUGGAAGAUGCCUUAAUCAAACGUGUCAUGGUAACACCCGAGGAAGUUAUCACAAGAACUCUUGAUCCAGAGGCAGCUCUGGGUAGCAGGGAUGCUUUGGCUAAAACUGUAUAUUCUCGCUUAUUUGAUUGGAUUGUGGAGAAGAUAAACAUUUCCAUUGGGCAAGAUCCAAAUUCAAAAUCAAUAAUUGGAGUGCUUGAUAUUUAUGGAUUUGAGAGCUUCAAAUUGAAUAGCUUUGAGCAAUUCUGUAUCAAUUUCACAAAUGAAAAACUGCAGCAACAUUUCAAUCAGCAUGUGUUCAAGACGGAGCAGGAAGAGUAUACAAAAGAAGAAAUAAACUGGAGCUACAUCGAGUUUGUUGAUAAUCAAGAUGUGCUGGAUCUGAUUGAGAAGAAACCUGGAGGAAUCAUUGCACUCUUGGAUGAGGCAUGUAUGUUUCCCAAGUCGACUCAUGAAACAUUUGCUCAGAAGUUGUACCAGACAUUUCCAAAAAACAAGCGCUUCAGUAAACCCAAGCUAUCGCGGACUAAUUUCACCAUAGUUCAUUAUGCAGGAGAUGUGACCUAUCAAGCUGAUCAAUUUCUAGACAAAAAUAAAGAUUAUGUUGUUGCAGAACAUCAAGAGCUGUUGACGGCUUCAAAGUGCCACUUUGUAUCCUCUCUUUUUCCUCCACUUCCACAAGAUUCGUCAAAGUCAUCCAAGUUUUCUUCAAUUGGAUCACGCUUUAAGCUACAACUUCAGUCUUUGAUGGAGACCUUGAACUCAACAGAACCACAUUAUAUUAGAUGUGUGAAGCCAAACAAUGUCCUUAAGCCUGCUAUCUUUGAGAAUGCCAAUAUAAUCCAACAAUUACGUUGUGGUGGAGUCCUUGAGGCCAUACGAAUCAGCUGUGCUGGAUACCCUACCAGACGAACUUUCUACGAAUUUCUUCUACGAUUUGGUGUUCUUUCUCCAGAUGUCUUGGAUGGGAACUAUGAUGAUAAGGUUGCAUGUCAAAUGAUUCUCAAUAAAGUGGGAUUGAAAGGUUAUCAGAUAGGUAAGACAAAGGUGUUCCUGAGGGCCGGCCAGAUGGCUGAGCUGGAUGCAAGAAGAGCAGAGGUUCUUGGGAAUGCGGCUAAAAAAAUUCAAAGGCAGAUCCGCACGUUUAUUGCUCGCAAGGAGUUCAUCUCGUUACGAGAAGCUGCUAUUCAACUGCAGUCAUGUUGGCGAGGCAUGGCAGCCUGCAAAAUUUAUGAGCAACUGCAGCGAGAAGCAGCAACUUUGAAGAUCCAGAAAUAUUUCAGGCGUUAUAUUGCCAGGAAAUCCUACUCAAGAAAGUUGUCUUCUGCAAUAACUUUGCAAACUGGCUUAAGAGCUAUGUCUGCUCGCAAUGAAUUUAGAUAUAGAAAACAGACAAAAGCUGCCAUUAUUAUCCAGGCUCGUUUUCGAGGCCACAGAGCAUAUUCUUAUUAUAAGAGUCUUCAGAAGGCGGCGCUUGUUUCUCAAUGUGGCUGGAGAUGUAGAGUUGCUCGUAGAGAACUUAGAAUGCUCAAAAUGGCUUCAAGAGAAACAGGUGCCCUCAAAGAGGCAAAGGACAAGUUAGAAAAACGUGUUGAAGAGCUAACAUGGCGCUUACAAUUUGAAAAGCAACUUCGGACUAAUCUGGAUGAAGAAAAAUCACAAGAAAUUGCAAAGUUACAAGAGGCUAUGCAAACAAUGGAGAAAAAAGUAGAAGAGGCAAAUGCCAAAGUUAUUAAAGAACGAGAAGCAGCACGGAAAGCCAUCGAGGAAAUGCCUCCAUUGAUCAAGGAGACCCCUGUCAUAGUUCAAGACACAUCAAAGAUUGAUGCUCUUAUGGAUGAAGUGGAGAGUCUCAAGGCGAUUGUGUUAUCAGAAAGCCAGGCAACCGAAGCAGCUAAGAAGGUUCAGAGUGAUGUCGAGGUCAGAAAUGCGGAACUAGUUAAGAAACUCCAGGAUGCAGAAAGUAAGAUUGAUCAACUCCAAGAAUCUGUACAGAGGCUGGAGGAAAAACUUUCUAAUACAGAGUCGGAGAAUCAAGUACUUCGACAACAAACAUUGACCAUGUCACCAAAUGCGAAGGCUUUAUCUGUUCGCCCCCCUAAGGCAACAAUCCUUCAGAGAACCCCCGAUAAUGGAAAUGUUCUGAAUGGAGAAGCUAAACAUACUCCAGACAUGGCACUUGCUGUUCCGAAACCGAAGGAACCUGAAUCUGAGGAAAAGCCACAAAAAUCUCUCAACGAAAAGCAGCAAGAAAACCAAGAUCUACUGAUCAAGUGUAUUUCAGAAGAUCUCGGAUUCUCUGGGGGGAAACCAGUUGCAGCUUGUGUCAUAUACAAAAGCCUUCUUCACUGGAGAUCAUUUGAGGUUGAAAGAACUAGUGUGUUUGAUCGCAUAAUCCAAACAAUUGCUUCAUCAACAGAGGUCCAAGAUAACAAAGAUAACAAUGAUGUGUUAGCCUAUUGGUUAUCUAAUACAUCCACUUUACUGUUGCUGCUUCAACAUACACUCAAAGCUAGUGGAGCAGCUAAUUUGACCCCUCAGAGGCGAAGAUCAUCUUCUCUUUUCGGAAGAAUGUCCCAAGGCUUGAGAGCAUCUCCCCAGAGUACUGGCCUUCCAUUUCUCAAUGGACGCGUACUUGGCAGUAGAUUAGAUGAGCUGAGGCAAGUUGAGGCAAAGUAUCCAGCUUUGUUGUUUAAACAGCAACUUACUGCCUUCCUUGAGAAGAUAUAUGGAAUGAUAAGAGACAAUCUCAAGAAGGAAAUUUCCCCAUUGCUUGCGUUAUGCAUUCAGGCACCGAGGCUAUCUAGAGCUAGUAUAGUGAAGGGACGGUCCCAAGCUCAUGCUGUUGCACAACAAGCUCUUGUUGCCCAUUGGCAAAGUAUUGUGGGGAGUUUGAAUAAUUACGUGAAGAUAAUGAAAGCAAACUAUGUUCCUCCCUUCUUAGUACGCAAAGUAUUAACUCAGAUAUUUUCCUUUAUCAAUGUUCAGUUAUUUAACAGUUUGCUUCUCCGACGGGAGUGUUGCUCCUUCAGCAAUGGGGAGUAUGUGAAAACAGGUUUAGCAGAGUUAGAGCAAUGGUGUUGUGAGGCAACCGAUGAGUAUGCUGGCUCUGCUUGGGAUGAAUUAAAGCAUAUUCGACAAGCAGUUGGUUUCCUGGUUAUUCAUCAAAAACCUAAGAAGAAAUUGAGUGAAAUAACAAAUGAUCUUUGCCCUAUUCUAAGUAUACCACAACUAUACAGAAUCAGUACAAUGUACUGGGAUGAUAAGUAUGGCACACAUAGCGUCUCUUCAGAUGUUAUUACAAGUAUGAGAGUUAUGAUGACCGAGGAUUCUAACAAUGGGGUGAGCAGCUCAUUUUUGUUAGACGACGACUCAAGCAUUCCAUUCUCAGUUGAUGACAUUUCAAAAUCCAUACAAAAAGUAGAGAUGGUAGACAUUGAACCCCCACCAUUGAUUCGUGAUAAUUCUGGUUUUGCAUUCUUGCAUCAACGUUCUGACGGAUGAAGCGAGUAUAUUAUGGGGUUUCAACACGUCUGUGCAUAUAUGUAGUAGCCAAGCAGAUUUCACUACUCCCCACCUGUAACAUAGUGCCGUUAUUAUUUUAUUGUUUUCUUUUUUGCGCGCUUCAUUUUCCCGGGCAAGCAAUCUCUGUGCGUUCAGGUGCAUUUCUUUCAUCCCUUUGUGGCUUUUCAAGACAAGGGGGUAUAUUAUUGUUUCUUAGCAAACUGUGGAUAUACUGCUACCUUUUUCUUUUUCUUUUUUCCUUUUUAAGUAUUGUGUGACGUGUGAAGGAUCAUGCAUAGAUUUGGUUUGGUUCUGGUAGCUUGUCAUUUCGACAAGAUGAUAUUUUGUUUUGGACCAUGAUUGUUGUGAUUUGAUACAACUUCAGGGUACUUUUUUUUAUCUUGUAAAUGUUAAUUUUAGCAACAGCUUAUUUCAGUUGUACUUUUUUCUGUUUUUGGAAACAUCAAAUGUUGUUGAUAUA